ACAGUGUCGGCCCCCGCUUUUUCAACAUUUUUACGAACUUGACGAACACUCUGUCUCAUCUUCUCCGUGGUUCCGCUAUUCCACUCUCGAUGUCCGUCUCGCCACAGCUGACCCCGCAGGCACCGCCGCUGUCGAGGUCUCCCCAGUUGCUCGCCGCACCCGCUCCUGCGGCCCCAUCCUUGAGCCAUGCGACCGCCUCACCAAACGAUUCCCCUGCCCAGCUCGCUUCCCUGCUGAGCAACAGCCUCCAAGAGACCGAAAACUUGAAGCGGGAGCUCAAGGACACGCGACGUCGCGCAGAGAAAGCCGAACGUGUGCUUUCCAGCUACCAGAAGCAGUCCCCCGUGACGACAGAAGCUCCCGCCGAAAAUCAAGACGAGAGCUCGUACAUUGCCGAGCUUGAAGCUCGUGCGGCCCGCCUACUGGCCGAGAAAGAGGAGCUAGAGGCACGUCUGUCGCGUUUGCAGGAGAAUUGGGUCGACUGCGAGCAGUAUCUCGUCGAGGCCGAGUCAGCGGCCGCAAAUGCACGCGUCUCUUUCACGAAUAUCAUGGUCUCGCGCGGCGGCAUAUUAGUGUCCAAGAACGGUCCACCACCGUACGCCGUUGCAUUCCCCCACAGCAAACAAGCGCUGUCGGUGCGCACUUCGGUGCACUCUAGUCGAUCUAGUCAUCCUUUAUCUGCCCAGCAGACGUCAUCGCUUCCUCCGGCCUCUUCCCGUGUUCGCCCCCGCGCAGGCAGUCUCGACGGCUCCGCAUAUGCUUUGACCGGUCCUGGUGGUCCGCCGCCGGCGAAGCGUGCGCGCAAUGACCGUGACCAUGAAAUGGGCCGAUACUCGCCAAAUGGCCAGGCCGAGCACUCGCCUUCGCUCCAGCAUCCAUUGCCCGCGGAUUCACCCUACGUCCACGCCCACCCAAGCUAUCAUCGCGGCCGUGACGGCGAACCUGUUAUCCGCUAUACUGACGUUCAAGGCCAGUCUUCGCGUCACCCGCAUCGCGGUCGUCGCGAACACCGUGACGCGUCGCGGUCGCGGUCGCGGUCCCGCAGCCGCUCGAGUAUUGACGAGAUGAUCCUCGAGGCGACAACUGGCGAGGACGUGGAUGCAAAUGGAAACCCUAUCUCUCGUGCCCCUGGACAACAACACUUAUCGCCCAACGCACACUUGCACUCUCGUCGUCACCGCUCCCUGUCUAACGAACGGGAGUAUCUGGCCAUCCCGCAACACCACUCGCGCUCUCGUGGCUCAUCGCACCACUCGCUGCACCCGUCCAUGUCAGGUUCAACGAUUCUCCCGGGUGGCGUGCCGCAAGGUCCUGGCGUCCCCGGGAAUGCCGUCAGCCAUCAUAAUACUAUCCAGACGCAUAUAUUUGCGCCGCCUGUCACCGGUGCUCCUGUGAAGAAGACCUCCACUGCAGGUCAAAUUGCCGGCGCCACGACGAUCGCGAGCGGCGGCUAUCCCCCGACCAAUGCCGCUGGUCAACGUAUCUGCCGCCAGUGCGGUCAACCUGGACGCUACAAGGACGGCAAGUGUGUCGAGAAGUGGGGUCCAGGACCAGAAGGCCCCGGUACCGUGUGCGACAGGUGCCGCAAGAAAAUGAAGCGGGUUGAACGCCGUGGUACACUCGAUGCGCAGCAGCUAGCUGCAAACCAUGGUCCCGCCGCCGUACACCCCUCUGCGGCUGCGUCGCUACACCCGCCUACCAACGGUCGAAGUAUGCAUCUUUCCUCACAAGAUACAUCGCGGUCGGUUCAUCGGUCGGAUACGCUUCCUGUUCACCAGAUGUCCAGCCGCUCUCUCGGUCUGUCGGGUACGCAAAUCAUCCCGAGUGGUUCGUACGUUUACCAUGAAUCGCGGACACGUCCUGGGUCACCGACACAGUCGGUUGAUGCUCACCUACCUCGUUCCGCCCAGCGUUCGCCGCCAACACCGCCACCUAUCUCGACCAUCCCCCCGAGUAGUCAGGAGGCUGAGGAGGCGGCAUACGAGCUAGAGCGAGCGGCAUCGCGAAGCAAGAAGGGCUCUCGUGUGCCAACGCCUCGCGUUGACAGCCCUGAACAGAUGCCUUCGCGACCUGCAACGGCCACCAAUGGCCACACCUCGGCUCCUGCGACGCAAAACGGCGGCUCGCCACGCUCCCCUGCUAAUGCACCCACGCUUGCUCCUAUUGCCCCCGCGUCAGCCCCAGCCAAGAGCAAACCUACGUCCAUGGAGGUUGACCAGGACGCAGAAGGUGACGCCGACGCUGAUGCUGAAGCGGACGCCGACGCUGAGCCCGACGCCGACGCCGACGCUGAUGCCGACGCGGAAGCGGAGCUUCUCGAAGCCGUGGAUGCAGCUGAAGCUAACCACGCGAGUUCCGGGGAAGAGUGGCUCAAGAAGGAGGAUUCAUAACCCCAUACGUGUCCGUCCUUCUGUAUCUCAUCUUAACUGUUUAAAGUGUAUACCGUUCGAUAGACCUUGCUGCCUGUUUCGUUGAUCCUUGCAGUGUUUCUGUUGUAUUUUUUCCCAUUUCUGCAUGUAUGCUAAAUGGUAAACGUUGGGUAAACGAUGAUAUUCGUAUAAAUACAUGACUCUAUUCGGCUCGAGAAUUCAGC